AAUGGUCACAGCGGCGGAUAUACACAUCAAUAUCAAGGUACAAACACAACCUGCCGGCUCCUACGUCACUUUUACACUUUAGUUUCACAGUAAACAAGCAUGGACAAGACCGAUCGACGUAUGUUGCAAGGGUCCAUAUCAUGAUAUAUUGCUCUUGGUGUCGGUGGAUUCCAUUUCCAAAAGAUUUUGAUCACUCCCACAACAGAUACCGGUGCCACCGUUCGAGGACAAGCUGUAUCAUGUGGCAGAGCUGCAGCUGGUACUAGAGAACUUUGUCCUCGCGCGCGAUUUGGAGCAUAAGUAUUACGAAAUCAAGAGGGCGCAAAAGUUCUCGGAACUUCUGGCACCGAUAUUCUGAACCGAAUGGAAGACUUGAUAUGGAAGUACCUGCAACGUCUUCUCCUUCCUUGGUUGGGGUGGUAAGAAAUACACUUUUCGUUUUUUUGGGACUCGCGGCGAGAAAAUUAUUCCUUUGUUUAACAUUCUAUCGUGGCUCAUGUGGGGAGAAUACGCUUUUGCUUUUUCAGUUCAGCUAGUCGAAUUUUAGGAUUGUUUGCAUAUGUUCCGUUCAAAGAUUAUCAGUUGUGAGUCUGAAUACUUAUACUUUUCGAAGAAAUUUGAGUUUUUUGUAUGUAAGGCACAUCGUCAGAAGUGAUGCACAGUCUGUCAUCGUGGCGAAAUAUCAAAUAGUUACUGGGCUGUUUAUCUACAAAUAUGAGGUCUAAGGAUGUUUUCUCAUUUGUGAACAGAUCAAGGUCGAGUAGAAGUUAGUAAUAUCUAUUUUGGUACCACAAGCCGAAGCGUCUUAACGAAAAAGCUGAAAAGUAUGAAUACAUAUACCGAAGCACUGCGGGUAAGAGACAUGCGCCAGAGCAGGGGUACGGAUGUGUCUCACCAUGAAGUCACAAGCAUUCAUUCGAAGAUGAUAAACCUUUUUAUAUCUGAUCGGGAGGACAUUGCCGUAACCUGGUCGUGCGGCUGUGCAAUUUUUCCGUUCCUUCCCGCCCAUCGUAUUUUUGAGUUUUGCCAUCUGUCUGAUAUACUCGUUAGAUUGCUAGACGCAGUAUUGCUACACGAUUGAUAUAAUGCGCCUGGCCAGGGGAUGGUGUGAAGGAAAGGUCGUAGCGGUGAGGAGCCAAAAACACUAACUGGUAGCGCUGAUAUGCAAGCGCAUGCGAAAUCGGAAACGCGCAGAAUCCUGCAGAUGUCAU